GGAGGUGGAGGAGGAGGGAUGCAGCGGCGGGCGGAGCCGCCCGGUGCCGCAGAGCCGCCUCCCCGGCGUACGCUGGGGCGGCCCGGCAUUGCCCGCGGAGCCCCCCGGUGCUCCCGGUGCGGCGGGGCCCGGCGCGGGGCAGCCCCAAGACGGACGGGAGGAUGCGAGCCCCGCGGCGGAGGUGAGCGGCGGUGCGGGAGGGACCCCAGCCACGGUGACGUCCCCGCAGUCAGCCCCAUGGCAGGAAGGGACACCACGUCCCGCAGGGACACCCCAAUGGAAGGGCUGUGGGGUGACUGCGAUGAAGACCCUGAACCGGGGGGGACUCUGCACCCCCCACCAGCUCAGCCCCAUCCCAACCCCACGGUGCAAACGUGUCCCCUGAGGGACCCAGAGGAGGGUCCCCUCACCCAGACGCAGACCCUGCGGGACUUCGAGAAGCACCUCAAUGACCUCAAGAAGGAGAAUUUCAGCCUCAAACUCCGCAUUUACUUCCUGGAGGAGCGCGUGCAGCAGAAAGGAGAGGACAGCCGGGACGAUGUCUACCGGCGGAACAUUGAGCUGAAGGUGGAGGUGGAAAGCCUGAAGCGGGAGCUGCAGGAGAAGCAGCAGGCACUGGACAAAACCUGGGUGGCUGCAGACAAACCGCAGCCAGGCCGCGCUCCGGAGGCCAGGCUGGCCCGCAGCGAGGCAGAGCAGGCCACCGCGCUGGCCAAGGCUGAGGCACAGCGGUGCCAGGAGCUGGUGGCCAAGCUGAAAGAGGCGGCGAGGAGCAGGGGGGACAGCGGGAAUGGAGCCGGCUGUGACACCACGGCACUGAGGAGGACGGACGAGCCGGGCCACGAGGAGGAGACGCUGCCGGCUGGGAGCAGUGACGGGGCUGUGGGGCAGUGUGACCGGCACAGCACACACGGCUCCAGAGCGCAGGCGCUACUCGCCAUGCGUGCCCAAACGGAGCACUGCGCAUGCGCGCCCUCGGGGCGGAAGGACUCCAAAUCCCGGCAGGCACCGCGGGUGACGCGUACGCGCUGA